AUGGGUUUAACAACUAACACUGAGGCUGAGUGGUUUCAUAAUGUUGUUACUGAAACCGGACUUGGCGGAUUAUGUUGUACCGGUUAUGUUACCAUAAGCCACGACAUGCAGGGGGUAUUUUCCAAAAGGUGGCACAAGGAGAUGUCUUCUUUCCACUUUCCUGUUGGCGAGUUGACGAUCACCCUCCAUGAUGUGGCUUGUCUGCUCCACCUGCAUAUCAAAGGGAGGUUACUCAACCAUUUCUGGAUACAAAUAGUUGCGGCAAUUGAGUGGAUGGUAGAUUAUCUGGGUAUGGAUCCAUUUCCGGUAGAUUAUGAAUGUAGAACAAUGAAUGGGGCGCAUGUCAGGUUUCCCCCCCUGAAAGAGCUUUAUGAACACCACUUGGUGGCGGCAGCUGGGACCGAGGAUGAGGGUGAUGCAAUUUUUGUUGAGUACCACCGCGGUUGGGCUUUGCGGAGUUGGUUCAUGUUAUUGGGGACCGCCAUUCUGAGCUGGAUCAUCUCUUACUUCCACCGUAUUCAUGGUUAUGAUCCCGAUCUGUUGUAUACUGACGAUAUGCAUAGGGCUGCAAGAUACGUCUUUCAAUUGGGGAACCAUAAAGUGGCGUCAUAUUGGGUAUACCUCAAUUUUACUGCUCACGAUGACAUAAAAUAUAUGCCCUUUGGUGAUUACAGGGAUGUUGUCCUCUUCGACCGCAUCUCAUUAUAUUUCGGAUGGUUGGCAUGUGGAACAAACACCAUGGUCAGGUAUAUGUCGGAAUGGUGUCUCAGACAUUUUAGACAUGUGCAGAUGAUACCUAGGUCUCCAUCUGAGGUUGCUCCAGACACCAUUACUCGCCGAGCUCUCACUGAUAUCUUUCAGGAUAUGGAGCAUCAUUUGGUGCCAGAGGAGUAUCGGGGGAUGCGGGCAUCCCAGAGCUGGCACUGUGUAGAUGGACACGUGACAUGGUUUUUUAAAGUGUCACAUCAUAUCAUGACAUCAGAUGCUCUUGGGCGUCCACCUAGGCCACCGUAUGAGGGGCUUUUGAAGAAUCAGUAA